GUCAAAAUGGGCAGCUUAGUUUCUUCCUAUUGGUUUCCUUCUCCUUCCCUCAGACGCCGAAAGACCGACUAAGCGACCUUGCAUCCAUCCCUCUCCUAUAAGAAGGUACUCGUUACUUCAGUCUGCAUGCGUCCUGGGAGCCUCCUUCAAGGCUAAUCUCUUUCUUUCUUUCUCAACUGGCAAGUUUUUUGAGGAACUUGCUGCACAAAGAAAAAGAUUGCUGUUCUUAGGUCGUGGUAGUCAAGUAUCUCUUGCACCAAGUUUUGGCAAGCCGAGAAUGAGGUUCAAUGGUGAGUCUCUGCCAUCUGCCGCAGUCAUUCUAUCUACAGCUGCUUCAAUCACAGCAUCGCUUAUGAUGAUGAAAACGAUCGUAAAUGAUUUGAUCCCGGAGGAUAUGUACGAUUACGUGGCUGUUAAAUUUCGAGGCCUGUUCUUGCGCCUGUCCAAUCACUUCUCCAUCGUCAUCAAGGAGUUUGACGGCCUGAACGCCAAUCAGAUGUUCGAAGCGACGGACAAGUACCUGAGCCUAAUUAAUUCAUCUUCUGUACGUAGGCUAUGCGUCCACAAGGAAGAGCAAGAGAAGCUAAUGGCAAUUAGUAUUGAUAAGGGUGAAGAAGUCGUGGAUACUUUCAAUGGCGCACAAUUCACAUGGAUUCUGAUUUCUGAAAAAAAUAAGGCAUUGGAUCCUAACCAUGGAACGGGCGCCAUCAGGAACUUUGACAGCCGACAUUUUGAGCUGAGUUUCCACAAGAAGCACAAGGAAUUGGCUUUAAAUUCUUACUUGCCUUACGUGUUAGAGCGCGCCCAAGAAACAAAGCAGAAAGGAAGAGCACCAAAGAUCUAUUCAAUAGACAACUUGUAUGGUGAGCUUAGCGACGUGUGGGGAUCGAUUUACUUGGAUCAUCCAGCGACUUUCGAGACGUUGGCAAUGGAUGAGGUGAUGAAGAAGGAGAUCAUGGAUGACUUGAAAAUAUUUGUACAGAGAAAGGAUUUCUACCGGAGAGUGGGAAAGGCCUGGAAGCGAGGGUAUCUUCUCUAUGGUCCUCCAGGGACAGGGAAAUCUAGCUUAAUUGCGGCGAUGGCAAACUUCCUAAAUUUCGAUGUAUAUGACCUUCAGCUCACGGAGGUUGAGUCUAACAAUGACCUCAGGCGGGUCCUGCUUGCAACUGGAAACCGAUCUAUCCUCGUCGUUGAAGACAUCGACUGUUCUGGAUUGAAGGACCGCUCCAGCUCAACGGACGAUGGUAGAAAAAAGACGAGGAUCACCCUUUCUGGUGUCCUCAACAUUGUGGAUGGUCUUUGGUCCAGUGUUGGAAACGAACGUAUAAUUGUCUUCACAACUAAUCACAAGGAUCGAUUAGACCCGGCAUUGCUACGGCCAGGUCGAAUGGAUAUGCAUGUGCACAUGAACUACUGCAGUUUUUCAGCGUUCAAGGUCUUGGUCUUCAAUUACCUUCAGAUUGAUUACCAUCCUUUAUUCGAAAGAAUAAGGACACUGAUAGAUGAAGUGGAGAUAACCCCAGCAGAAGUUGCAGAAGUUUUAAUGAGAAAUAAAGAGACUACGUGUGCAAUUGAAGAUGCAAUCCAAGCAAUGGAAAAAAAGAAGGAACUACAAGAAAAGCAGGAAGACAAUGGUGAGGAAGAUGUAGAAGGCAGAGAAGAGGAUGACAAUGGUGAGGAAGAAUUCGAAGAACAUGGUGAGGAAAAUUUUGAAGAGGUUUGAAGUAGGACAAGCCAACCUACUUAAAGCAUAUCUAUAUUUUCCCUCAGGGCCCGCCCGUUUGAUGGGCCGGAAAUCCACUAUUCACCGAGAAAAAAAUUUCAAAUUUGAUGGUAAAAGGGUCGUUGUACUGUCAACGAUUUUUACAGUACAUAAUGUCAUGUGUAUUUCAACUUUCAACAGUUCAAAAAUAGCAAGAAGCAUGAAAAUGUAUGAUAAAGAUAAAUUUGUUUCAGAAUCUCAUGUACAAAAUCAUGUAGAUGGAAGGCAAUGACAUUAAUCUUA